CUUUAUCUCUCUCUCUCUCUCUUUAUCUCUUUCUCUCUCUCUCUCUCUCUUUAUCUCUCUCUCUCUCUCUCUCUCUCUCUCUCGCUCUCGGUAAGUGACUGCUUACGCUACUCCUUUCCUAUUCAACUUUGGAAAAUGAUUUGUUAUGCAUUUUAUUGUCAUGUAGUCCUCUGUGACAUUGUGUGCAUCAGGGUAAUUGCAUCAAUGUGUUAUCCCCUACCUCAAGGGGAUUUUGUUUUGGGAAAAAGAUUUAGGCUGUGUCCUCAGUCUUUCUCAGCCUGGGGUCUAGCUUACCUGUGUCAACAUGGUGACGGCGCCAGGUGUACUGACGACCCUUGUGUUAACAGGAUUGUGUGUCCACGUCACAGGAUCAUCUAGAGCCGUCUGUACCACCCGUCUGUAUUCCCUGAACUUAAACUGUGUCCUGCAGUGGGAUUGUCCACAGGCGAACGCUACCACCACCUACACCGUCCAAACUAAGACUCAGGGUGAUUCGUGGCAGGACGUGGAGAGUUGUGUGCGGUUCUCCUCCCAGCUGUGUGACCUGUCCGAGGCCUUCUCUAACUUCGAGGUGUACAACAUGAUCCGCCUGGGCCUCCACCAGGGCCCGGGGAGUCCAGUCUGGACAGAAAAUCUGGUGUUUGGCGUCCGUGAUUUCAACUUCAGCAGCCCCUCCGUCUUGGUCUCUCUGUCUGGAGAGAGGCUGGGAGUGGAGGUGCACUUACCUUGUUCUAGCAAAAGGGAGUGUCUUCCUCUGCAGAGUUGCUGUCCACUGUCAAAAUUUAUUGACCUCUGGGUCACCGUGACAGUAUAUGACCGACAGAACCCCUCCGACUACAAGACGCAGAUUGGUUUGGUCCAGACGAUGGUGUAUGGGGCAGAGUUCUCAAACCUGGUCCCAGGACAUGACUACUGUGUUGUGGCUAACUUCUCCGUCAGUCCGGACACCUUCCCCCAGGCCUCGUCUCCUCCCUCGGACCCCAGUUGUGUCCACCAUGCUGGCCCAGGACUAGGGUUGCAGCCAGUGUUGGGGAUAGGAGUGUGUGCUGUACUCUUCUCUCCUCUCCUUGCUCUGGCUCUGUACCUGCUGAAACAAAAACGAGAUGCACCACACGUAAACAGACUCCCCAAGUCUCUAGCAUCUCUUCAGGCAUUCCUCCAGGACCUGCCGGAGUCCCCUUCAGACCCUGUUGACCCCAGUGACAUUGUAGACGACCACCUCUCCAUCCUGUCCUCUUUCUCCAGCUGUGUCUGCACCGAGGCCCAGGCCCCAAGCCUGGGUAAUGGGUACAACAGCAACCCCUUCCUCAGUGACUAUAGGUCAGGCAACAUGCACUGGAACACUGAGAGAAUGGAGCUGGACCUGAACUCAGGCAGCACCAUAUCCCUGCCAUGCUCCACUGUGCCUAUAGGCCUGCAUAUGAUCCAGUGCAGCUUUGAUUCACCUCGACAACCACAUCCAGGGCCCAAUGUGCCAGUUCUACCGUACCCUGGUUCUCCAUCUCUGUCAGAGGCCGUGGAGGGCCAGGUGGUCCCGUUGUGUUCUGUGAGGUUUGGGAGGGUGAGUGAGGGGGAUGGGGGUGAGAACCUUGAGGGACUACAGUGGUGUAACCUGUAGCAUGUUGCACUGCAGUACUCACAAUGCCAUGUUUAACAUAUUCCUAUGAACUCCACAGUGCUGAGAGGAGUUCAAAAACUUUAUUGACCAUUUUUGUUGAAAAUUGUAAUUUUUGCCCUCAGCUUACAGACAUACAUUUUCAGUUCCAACAGGACUGUGGUAUGGUCCAGCACCUUACCAAGGUCAACCAUAACAGGGACAAUACUGGACAGUGCAAUCAUAAACACAUACACUCUUAGAAAAAAGGGUUUCAAAAGGGUUCUUCGGCUGUCCCCAUAGGAGAACCCUUUUCGGAACCAAAACUAUUCUUCCUGGAACCAAAAAGGGUUCUUCAAUGAGUUAUCCUAUGGGGACAGCCGACAAACCUUUUUAGGUUCUAGAUGGCACCUUUUUUUUUUCUAAGGGGGGUUUAUUAUUCUGACUCCACUUUAAAUUUCCUUUGUCUACUGUGCCAAGUGUCUUUUCUGCUCUUUUUCUGUGUCGUAAUAGGUUGUUCUUCCCCCUCUCUCUGCCUUGCUUCUGACUCACUGUUGCCCCAUCCCAUCUCCGGCCUGACCCCCACUGUCUCUUACCCGUGUCUGACAUCUCAUUCUGGGGGAGGAGGGCAGAGGGUAGGGGAACAUCUCUCUCCUGCCUCUUGUUUCACUGGUGGUGCACUUUUCCCGGAACAUUAGAACAUUCGGGGGUAGAGACAGAGGAGACGUUGGAUGGGAAACAGUGAUUGGCCCUAUUGUUCUGGAAACCACACAGCCUGCGUAUGGCUCAUAAUAAUAUCACUGUCUGGAGGAUUUUGAUUAAUGUAUUCAUGUUGUUGGUCUAAUAUUGGGGUUGGAUCAUGAGUCCAAACUAAGCAGUGUGUUUGCUUGCCAAUCAUAGAUGCUAAUUCUCAGGCAUCCAAAAGGUAUCGCAUCUAACCUUGAACUUGGGUUUUUGGAGCAACUUUUAUGGGUUCUGCUGUAUUUGCAGUCAAUUCACCGGAAACCUGAUCCAAAAUGGUCGCUUUGUGGCUCACUCUUCACUGGUGUGUGCUGGCUAGCUCUGCAGCUGAGGUGGUGAAGUUGGAUUGGGGAUUUACGUGGUGUUCGACAGGCAGUAAAAAAAUUUGGGGGGGGCUUGCCUGUUAUUCAUGUUAUUUUGGCAUUAAAUGUCACAUCAGUUUGCAAACAAUGCAAUAAAAAUAAAUCAAUGAGUUAAUAAAGCCGCACACAAACAUGGUCUCUUUUUUGCUUUCUAAGGCAGCUCCAAAAUGCAGGUGUUUCAGCCUAGCUCAUUGCUUUCUUUGGUGGUGGGUCAGCCAGAAGAAAAUAUGGAGUGCGGGUUUUGGUAAUGUUCUCUAGUUGCGUCGUGAUUGGCUCAGUGUUCUGUCACUCAUAGGGACACUACGUCACCGCUAAGUCUACGGUUAAAGCUUAAAUUCAAACCUCUUGGGUUCUGCCAUAGAGUUAUAUGUCAACGUCAUACUUUCAAAAUCUUAGCUAUCAGUGAUCAUGAAUCAAGUUGAUAAUCUACUGGCAAAUCAUUUUUAAUCCUUGUAUAUG